UCAACUACAAACCACAUAUCGUGGGACUAUCAUAAUAAAAUUCUGAAAAAAAAAACUAAUUAUUUAUUAGAUGAACCAGCUGGAGACUUGAGAGAAAGAGACAGCUUCUAAUUCCGAGAGCACACACUGAGAAACAAUAUGAGCAAUCAUCACACUGUGUUGAAGCAACUAGAGCCAUGGAGCGAGCUUAAAGACAAGGUGGUUCUUCUGACGGGAGCCUCUUCCGGCAUCGGAAGAGAGAUCUGUCUCGAUCUAGCCAAAUCCGGCUGCAAGAUCAUCGCAGCUGCUCGCCGUCUCGACCGUCUCCAAUCACUCUGCUCCGAGAUCAACACCACCACCUUCUCCUCCUCUUCUCCAACCGGAACCAAACUCCUCGCCGCACCUCUCGAGCUAGACGUUUCCUCAGACGAAGCCACCAUCCGAAACGCAGUCAAACAAGCCUGGCGGAUCUUCGGAAACAUCGACGUGCUGAUCAACAACGCAGGGAUCAGAGGCAGCGUCAAGUCGAGCCUGGACUUGUCCGAACAAGAAUGGGAGAAAGUCUUCAGAACCAACUUAACCGGACCUUGGUUGGUAUCGAAACACGUCUGCCUCUUAAUGCGCGACAACAACGCCAAACAAGGAUCGGUGAUAAACGUCUCCUCCAUCGCGGGGCUUCAGCGCGGGAAACUACCUGGCGGGUUAGCGUACGCUUGCUCCAAAGGUGGUCUCGAUAUUAUGACGAAGAUGAUGGCUAUUGAGUUGGGGAAGUAUGAUAUAAGAGUGAACUCGAUAGCUCCGGGGCUGUUUAAGUCGGAGAUCACGGAAGGUCUUUUGCGUAAAGAGUGGAUGAAGGACGUGACGGAGAGGAUUGUACCGUUGAAGGUGCUGCAAAGGGUGGACCCGGGGCUCACUUCGCUGGUUAGGUAUCUUAUUCAUGACUCUUCCAGGUAUGUCUCUGGGAAUGUUUACAUUGUUGACGCUGGUGCUACGUUGGCUGGUCUCCCGAUUUUUUCUUCUCUUUGAGAUUCAAAAAAAAGGUUUGUGUGUGUGUGUGUUUUGGUGUAAUAAUGAGUGAUUACAUUUUUAUUGAAAAUUAUCAAACAGUGAUCUUGAAGGAA